GGAACGGUAUCUCCAGAGUAAAGGACCGCUAGCUUGGCUACGCUGUUGCUUUUCUAUCGCUGCUCCAUUCAGCUGUAAAAGCAGGAGGCGGAACAUUUUCACGGAUAUUUUUAAAAGCCAACAAGUCGUUUAAAACAAAGGAAAACUGUUUGUACCUCAAGUGCUGGAUUAACAUUAACAACAGAAACAAACAGAAACAAACCCGCUGGAUGUCUGCGCCGUGCCGCUGGACCGAGUCUCUCGGCUAACACUCACAUUAACACUCGCAUUAACAUUCGCAUGAACACUCGCAUUAACACUCACGUCAACGUUUGCAUUAACACUCGCAUUAACACUCGCAUUAACACCGCGCACACACCCGGUUUUUCUCGUUAUUACUCUUGUUUUUUUUUCCCCCUGCGAUAUUUUUUUUAAAAGUUGUUCAUUUUCCUUCUGCGGGAGAAACAACAGAGGGACGUGUUUAAAGAUGUCUGUUGCGGGGUUAAAGAAGCAGUUUUACAAAGCAAGCCAGAUGGUGAGCGAGAAGGUCGGAGGAGCAGAAGGAACCAAGCUGGAUGAAGAAUUCAAAGACCUGGAGAAAAAAGUGGACGUGACCAGCAAAGCCGUGGUGGAGGUCAUCUCCAAAACAUCCGAGUACCUGCAGCCCAACCCGGCGUCUCGUGCCAAGCUCUCCAUGUUAAACACCAUGUCCAAGAUUCGUGGGCAGGUGAAGAGCCCCGGAUACCCGCAGGCAGAGGGGCUGCUGGGAGAGUGUAUGGGCAAAUACGGCCGUGACCUCGGAGAGGAAACCAACUUCGGAGCCGCGCUGGUCGACGUCGGGGAGAGUAUGAAGAGGCUGGCUGAGGUGAAGGACUCGCUGGACAUCGACGUCAAGCAGAACUUUAUCGACCCUCUACAAGGCCUGUGUGACAAAGACCUGAGAGAGAUACAGCAUCAUUUGAAGAAGCUGGAAGGUCGUCGGCUGGAUUACGACUACAAGAAAAAGCGCAUGGGUAAAAUCCCGGAUGAGGAGGUGAAGCAGGCGCUGGAGAAAUUCCACGAGUCCAAAGAGGUGGCAGAGAUCAGCAUGUACAACCUGCUGGAGACUGACAUCGAGCAGGUGAGUCAGCUCUCGUCACUGGUGGAGGCACAGCUACAGUAUCACAAACAAGCUGUACUGAUUCUUGAAGAACUCUCUGACAAACUGAAAGACAGGAUUCUCGAGGCUCAGUCUCGUCCCCGCAAAGAGUACAUCCCCAAACCAAAACCCGUCUUCGACUUUGGAGAAACCAACGAGCAGUCGAACGGAGGCUUCACACCUGUUUCUGCUCCUCCACCCAUCCGCACCACAGAUCAGUUGUUCAAGCGCAGCAGGUCAGCGUGGAAACCCAGACCGAUUCCAGCAGACCAGGCAUGCUGUAAAGCCCUGUACGACUUCGAACCAGAGAACGAGGGCGAGCUGGGCUUCCGCGAGGGCGACAUCAUCACCCUGACCAGCCAGAUCGAUGAGAACUGGUUCGAGGGCUCGCUGCGCAGCCAGUCAGGAUUCUUCCCUUGCAACUACGUGGAAGUCAUCGUUCCGCUGUUGCGCUAAACCUCAGUGACACGGGACAGAGAGAGAGAGAGAGAGCACGAAAGAGGGAUUUUACGGAGGGAUUUUCAGCCAUCUCAGCACCUGAACUCUGGCACUUUGACCUCUUAUUAAUUAAGGAAAGAACUUUUUCUUCUCACAUUCCAGAAGAAGAAACGAAGGACCGAUUACGAACGACUGACGACCGGGACUGACCGAUUUAAACCUCGUAGAAGAAGUCGGACAGACUAACACGACUGUAACGCUAUAUUAACUUUCGCUGAACUGACAGGAAAAGAUGACUCCGUGUCACCGUUCGUUUCAAAAUUCUCCGUCUCCGUCACCUCGCGGUUCGGCACAGGAGUGUGACCGUAUUUAAUCAUCGCCCAAUUCUAAAGAGCCUGUAGGCAAGUUUUAAAGCACUGAAAAAGAAAAAAACUUCUGAAUGCAUUAUUUUCUAAAAAUCUGAAGAACGUGUCCGGUACAAACGUCUUCCUGUUUUCCAUUAUGUCACACGUUCACCACAUCGUCCACUCAGAGUUUCUACUUAAAGCCACACUAAGGAACCUAGAAUUAACAAAAAUAAAUAAUCCUCGCAGUCCGUUCCAUUAAAAGUUCCGUUAGUGUCUCUUUAAAGGGCAGAGAUCACAUACCCUGAUCCCAUAAUCAAAUCCAGAACCAGCUUUAAAAAAAAAAAUAAAAACUGGGGCAAGUUUCCUACUGUACAGGCAAAAAAAAAAACAAAACGAGAUCCUUGGACUGACCCGACGUCUCCUGACUGCCCCCUGCUGGACAGGAUGUGAGCUUACAGACCGUUUGGACGUUGACUGGUUUGGCACUGCGGGCUGCGCGAGUUCCAGCCGCUCAGUGUGUAGCGUUCCUGAGCCACACAGACACAGUACAGGAGCUUCAUACACACUCUCACCUCUCCCACUCACAUGGACAGAUGAA